UGCUCCGCUCAUCGCAGCGUAUACCUUCCCUGACUCUCAUCACUCCAGCAUUGCUGUGCAAGCAGAUGUUCCCUCUCUGAUGCCAAUUCUUACAUUUUUCGCAUUUGGAGAAGGUAUUCUUUCGCGCGGAGGGUGCAAAGUCACAAGAAAGAAACUGAAACUGCCUUCCUCCCCGGUUCAGUGAGAGAGAGGGAGACUUGUGAACGGAUAGCGGCUUUUUUUUGGAGAGAUACAGUACUGUAAGCCCGCCGCUGCGAGCAAGGGAGCAGUUUUAUUUACCACACCUGUGAUGCGUUGUUCUGAGCAACGAAGACGCACGAGCCGGAUACUGAUGGCCACGCUACGGCACGAGGAUAUGUGUUGAGGAAAAGACUUGGGCGUUGUGAAAGAAAGGCGUAAAGUGGUACAGAGGACACUCUUCGGACCUUUAAGAGCCCCGUGUGCCGGUGUUUAAUCUCAGCUCCCUGCCUUUUUUAAACUUAGGUGAUAAAAACCACGAAGAUGCCCUUACUUCUGGGCCCCUUUGUCCGCUGUAGGUUCAGCGCUACGCUCCUUGUGCUUUGGCUCGUGCUUGCUGGCUUCACCUGCACUGGUUCGGAGCACACUGCCACGGCAACACUUCCUGCCGCCUUCACGGACCUGUUACCUCACUUCCUGAUUGAGCCGCAGGACGAAUACAUCGUGAAAAACAAGCCAGUGACGCUGACAUGCCGCUCCACCCCUGCAACACAGAUCUACUUCAAGUGCAAUGGCGAGUGGGUUCACCAGGACGACCACUUGAUUGAGCGGACUGUUGACCCAGCAACAGCUCUGCCAAUCAUGCAAGUGACGAUCGACAUCACCAGACAGCAGGUGGAGAAGAUCUUCGGUUUGGACGAGUACUGGUGUCAGUGUGUCGCCUGGAGCACCACCGGGACCCAGAAGAGCCAAAAAGCUUACAUCCGGAUUGCUUACCUGAGGAAGAACUUUGAGGAGGAGCCGCAGGGUAAAGAGGUGGCGUUGGACCAGGAGGUGUUACUGCGCUGCCAUCCCCCCGAGGGAGUGCCAGAAGCUGAGGUGGAGUGGCAGAGAAACGAGGAUGUUCUCAACCCAGCCAGCGACCCCAAUUUUUUCAUCACGGCCGACCAUAAUCUCGUCAUCAAAAAAGCCCGGCUGGCGGACACGGGCAACUACACAUGUGUGGCCAAAAAUAUCGUUGCUCGCCGGAAAAGCAACUCUGCCACGGUCCUAGUCUAUGUCAACGGCGGCUGGUCCACGUGGACCACCUGGUCGUCCUGCAGCGCUGUGUGUGGGCGUGGCUGGCAGAAGAGGAGUCGGAGCUGCACCAACCCGACGCCACUGAAUGGAGGCACGUCGUGUGAGGGGCAGAACGUCCAGAAAAGUGCCUGCGUGGCCACCUGUCCAGUGGAUGGAGGCUGGAGCGAGUGGAGCAAGUGGUCGGCGUGUGGCGCAGACUGCUCGAUGUGGAGGAGCAGGGAGUGCACCCAGCCCUCGCCUGGCACCGGGGGCAAAGAGUGCCAGGGGCUCGACCUUCAGAGUCUCAACUGUACCAGCGAGCAGUGCCCACAGACUGUGAGCGGAGCUGAGGAUGUGGCACUCUAUGUGGGCAUGGUGGCAUUGGCUCUGUGUCUGACUCUGCUGCUCAUCGUCGUGGUCAUGGUCUACCGACGCAAGAAGGAAGGCCUGGACGCCGACGUGGCCGACUCUUCCAUCCUCACCACUGGCUUUCAGCCCAUGGGCAUCAAGCCCAGCAAGCCAGGUGUGUGGGCACCGCGGCCACGCAGGCCUCCCCCCCACAGCAAGAAUUCCCAUUUGCUCACCAUCCAGCCUGAUCUAACUACAACAACCACCAGUUACCAAGGCACCUUACGGUCGCGUCACGACGCCACCGGGAAGUUUUCGAUGACCAAUGGGCCACUGCUGGACCCGCUUCCCAACGGAUCGCACACUCUGCACAAUGGCAAACUUAACUCAGAUCCGUCUGAGUUUGUGAGCAGGCUGUCAUCGCAGAGUUACUUUAAAACUCUGCCCCGUGACGUAGCAAACACCUCCUAUGGGACCUUCAACUUCCUGGGAGGGAGGCUGACCAUCCCCAACACAGGAAUAAGUCUGCUCAUUCCUCCCGAGGCCAUCCCCAGAGGAAAGAUCUAUGAGAUUUAUCUCACUGUUCAGAGGAAGGAAGAUUUAAGAUUACCCCUGGCCGGCUGCCAGACCCUGCUCAGCCCUGUUGUGAGUUGCGGUCCCCCGGGAGUGGUCCUGAGUCGGCCAGUUAUCCUCAGCAUGGACCACUGCUCCGACGGGUGCCUCGACAACUGGGCCAUCCGCCUCAAGAAGCAGAACUAUGAGGGAGCUUGGGAGGACGUCCUGUUGAUGGGGGAGGAGCUAGUGUCAGAGCCCUAUUACUGCCAGCUCGAGGCUGAGACGUGUCGGCUGUUCUCGGAGCAGCUGGGCACCUUCGCCCUGGUGGGAGAAUCUCUGCAUAUGGGUGCCGCCAAGCGCCUGAGGCUGGUGCUCUUCUCUGAUGCGUACUGCUCCACGCUGGAGUACAACAUCAGGGUGUACUGCAUGGAUGACACGCAGGACGUCUUCAAGGAGGUGAUGCAGAUGGAGCGGCAGCUUGGGGGUCGGCUGAUUGACGAGCCCCACAUCCUGCUCUUCAAAGACAGCUACCACAACUUGCGCCUGUCCAUCCACGACAUGCCCCAGGCACACUGGAGGAGCAAGCUGCUAGCCGGCUACCAGGAGAUCCCAUUCUACCACAUCUGGAAUGGUUCCCAGCGGUACCUGCACUGCACGUUCACUCUUGAGAGGCUCAGCCUCAGCACCUGUGAGCUCACCUGCCAGCUCUGCGUGUGGCAGGUGGAGGGGGAGGGGCAGAGCUUUAGCCUCGACUUUAACAUUGCCAAGGACACCCGAGCUGUCGACUCAGAAUUUCUGUUAAUGGACAGUAAUGCCACAGCUCUGGCGGGGCCCAGCGCCUUUCAGAUCCCAUACCUCAUCAGGCAGAAGAUCUGCAGCAGCCUGGACGCCCCCUGUCCCAAUGGAGCCGACUGGAGAAUGCUAGCACAAAGACUUAAACUUGAGAGACACAUGAGUUUCUUUGCGUCCAAAGCGAGCCCGACCUCUGUGAUCCUGGACCUGUGGGAGGCGCAGCAUUUCCACAGCGGCAACAUCAACCAGCUGGCCACGGUCAUGGCUGACAUCGGCAAACAGGAAGCUAUGAUUUUCCUGGUCUCUGAUGGCGAGUGCUAACCCAGAAACGGAGGAGAGACUGGCACAGAGGAAAAACUACAGAACACAACAAAAUACACACAGACCCAAAAAAAACCCCCACAAAAUCUGCAGCAGGAAUGGAAGAGCAGAGCUGUCCCAACGUCCCUCAUCUUCACUUAAAGAUAGUGAAGGGUUUAUAUGUAAGAGUGAGUCACUCUUUCCCAUCAAACAGUCCAAAUCUUUUACUGACAGACCAAAUGAGGGAAAAGUGAGUACACAGAGGAAAGAAAACACCCUUUAUUUUCCAUAAAAGGAGUUAAAUUAGUCCUCACCCUGCUUCUACUUUAAAGGAAUAUUUAAUUUAACUUCAUGCCUUUGAUAGAAAUAGCCCGUUAUGGCUAAUAAGGAGCAAUAUGCAAUCAUAAUGCUUUUAAUAAUGGCCAAUAUUGCAAAUUCAGAGUCUAAUUUUUGAACCUAAAAUAUGUGUUAUUAAAGGAAUUUACAAGAGGUGCUGGUCAUUUCAGGUUCAAGAGAACAGGCAACAUAUGCAAUUGGCAGGUUUGUUCUGACAUCAUUUCAGACACUGAGCAUAUUUUCAAUAAGGUCAUCAGGGUCAGUGAAUGUCCCCUCUGUCCACUCCACAGAUCCCAUCCCUGUUCUUUCUGUUCCACAGACGUCUUGUAGCAACACACCGUGGACCUGCAGGUUGAAAAUAGAUUGUAUGUCAGAGGCCCAAAAUCUUGUCUCAUCCUGUUUGUGUGCUUUUAGUGCGGUCGGUUUCUGUACUGUGAAUGUUACAUCUUGACAUCUUGAUUCAGCGAGACGCUUCGCAGCUUUCCCUGCUUCUAAAUCGAUAAAUGUGGGGUUUGGGUUCUUUGAACUUUUUUAAGGGAGGAGUGAGUAACAUCUCCACUAAAGUCAUAUCUCUGACAACAUUUCUAUGUAAAAGCCUGCUAUUUUGUUCUGUUCAGUCUAACAUUACCCCAAACCUUCCCUGUAUUAUCAUACUAUAUGUCGCAAAUGAAAGAGCCAUAGGCUGCACACUGUAUGUGAACAGUGAAUGUCGUCCACACUCACUCUGUUUUCUCCAGUGAUUGCUUUAAUGUUGUAGCAGGGACAUAUUCAACAGAAGAAGCAAGGCCAAAAGGGUUAUUAUGCGAGGAUAAAUAAUGCAGAGCACUUUCCCUGACAAAAAUCUGACAACAGAUUCUUUAAAAUCUUCACCAGAUACCAGGUGUAGGAAGAGAAGCUGUGCGGCCUUGUUUUUUAUAAUUCAUUAAGCAAUGCUGGUGGGAAUUCUAGAUUUGCUAUGUGGCAAGUAUAACAGUAUUUCCAUAGCAGAGAAAUGCCUGCGUCAGAGAAGGGAAGAGUGGCUUAUUCCGAGUGUCACGCCUCUGCUCAUCAGGAUGCUCUCAGAUCCUUUUUGUCUUGUUAAAUCCAGAAAUGAAGGAGCUGAUUUCUACAGCCACACAUUAGCUUAUCAUCUGUUGCUUCUUUACAGAAAUGUACUCUUUAUUCUUAUUAUUCAUGGAUCUGUCAGUUCAGGCAAGCUAGCACAGAGUAUCUUAAAUGUCCACUGGUUCAGUAAUUAUUCUUUGACAAGAUGUGAGCAAUCCCAAAUUAGCCAUAGUUCUCUCUCUGUCUGCCUCAGGGUUGCAUGUGAAGUUGUCUGUUAAGAUGUAAAGAGAGCCCUUUUCGUUUAAUCCUUUCUAGCACAGGCCAUCGUCCUAUCAGCUCCGCUGGCUUCAACCUUUAACACUUUCUGGAGCCUCUUUUAUGAUUGUCAGAUAUUAGGAAUGUAUAUUUAUGUUUCCUGUAGCAAGAGGAAGAAGUACGUCUUUUUUUAUUUUUAUGAGGUGACUUUUCCUUUAAUGUGGCGUCUCUGCACCUUCUCAUCCUACAAACACGCCUCUUGACCAACACAUUUUUACUAAAUCCUGAUGUAGAGAUGCCAUAAAGUUUUACUUUUUUUAAAGAAUCCCUCAGAUCAAGCCCCUUUCUGACAAAAACUGGUGAUAUCAACAUGAAUAAAUCCAUUCAUGUUGAAAUGAAUCACCAUGACAUGUAAAAUGUAAAUACUUUUUCUAAAGCAGCCGCGUGCUGUCACUUUGCAUACUGUAUAUCAGCAGAAUUGGUAACCAAAGUUUUCUGAUUACCAUUUGAGGCCACUCCAUCCUCCUCUUGUAUCCAUUCAUAUUGUUUUUACCACAGCUAGAAUAGAAGAAGUCAGAGUUAAUGUCUUUUUUAAGCAGUGGGCUCAAAGUCCAGAUUAUUUGAUCUCAUUUUCUGGCUUUUGUCUUUAAGGCGAAUCAACACUAACUGAUUUAUGUGUCCAUUUCUUUGAUCACUUUGUAAAGAAAUGUAAAUUAUAUUUUAAUAUGAAGCCAAAAAAAGACACUUAACUGGCACAGCAUUUGUCAAGUCUAAACCGUGACGUGUUUGCCUAUAUACUGUUCUCUGGCGAUCUAGCAGUGACGACUUUUUGCAGUGUUAAGGGUUUCGAGACUGUUUGACAGAAAGUUUCUCUACACAUUUUGUUUGUCCUUAUUCUGCAUACCUGAUGGUUUCUCUAACUGUAAGCAUUUAAAACAAGGAGGAAAAAGUCACUAACACUUGGUGGAUCACUGCACUGGGACCGUGUGGAGGCUCGCUGCAGACAGGGGGCAUGAGUCCUGGGAUGCCGGCGAGGCCGUGUUAACACAGCAUGUUUCAGUUGUACAGUCAGACUGUGUGAAACUCGAUCACCCGUCAUUGUCUUGGUUGUGUCGUCUAAGCACAUUUCAGUAAUGUAAUUCACCAGCCACCAGGAUGCUCUGCAUCUAUCUUUACAUCAAGCUUGUCCCACAAAUCUAUCAAAUCUGCAAUUACAGCGUCCGUGAUGAAUACAGUUCCAAACCCAGGCCUGAUCGCUCUGUGGAAGAAGCGUAGAUGCUUGUUCAAACGUUUGAGUUUCUCCCAAAGUUUUGGGCUAUAUUGUUACAUCUCACAACUGUGCUUUUUGUGUCACUCAUUACUAUUCAGUGUCAAGGAUGUGUGUGUUUUUGUGUGGGAGGCUGAGUGUGUGAGUGUGUACCUCCCUGUCACUGACUGAACUGUUUCCUUUUUGAACUAAGAACAAUAGACUUCUGUACUUGUGAAUGGUUUUUCUAUUUAGUUCCUUGAUUCAAUGUUCCUUGCCUUUCUGCAAGUCAAAAAUGCUGUAUUUAUUACAUGCCACAGCGCUUAUGCAAUUGUAUAAUCCUUUUGUUUCCUUUGUUUUUUAAAACCUUUUGUGUUCUUAUCGUCGAUGUAAAUUGUUGUCAAAACUUUUGUGGCAAUGGAAAAACUUCUGCUGAGGGAGGUUUUCUGUACUUUUUGGACAAUGAUAUGGAUUUGUGGGUAGAAUUUUGGAAAUUCGUUUCUAAGUGCUUUCAAGUAUUUACUUGGCCUUAUGUAUAUAUAUAUCUAUGACAUUUCAGAAAAGUAUGUA